AUGGUGGACAUGAGUUGGAAUCCUCGGGAUUUCGCGGCCGACUCUGCGACUCUACCUCCUGCGCCGGACUAUACCCCGCAUGCGCUACCAAUACCUUCCGCGCACCCCGACGCGCCCAUGCUGCUCGACGAAGGACCGUCGAGUCCACCAUACACACCUGAAGCUCACGCGCACGAAUGGUCACUCCAUACCCACGAUUCACCUCCGCAAACUCCGACCGAUAGCGAGGACCGGCUACCCCGCCUGGCGCCUGUUGGUCCUACACCACUAGCCCAACCACUAGGCGUCGACAACCCUCUGCUAUGGAACGCAACGCAUGCAUACUGCUUUGGUGGGAGUCUACUUGCCGUGAGCCUCGGACGGCGCUUCUGGGGUCUGCGACAUCCGGCGUACGGCGCUCAUGGCGAGGUCAAUGGCUACGUUCGUCUGGGAAAGAAGCUUACGCAUGCGACGAAAGUUACCGUUAGCUUGAUAGGCAAGGUGGACAUCACUGCGACAAUACGUGGAGCUCGCGCGGCGACGAGCAUGGAACAGUACACUAUAGUGAAGCAGACGGUGGACCUUCCAAAUCCCAACACUGACAGCGCUAAGCCCGGAGAGCCUCCUUUCUAUCCGACAGAUUACUGCUUCGGGUUCAGUCUACGCUUCCCAGAACACUUCAAGACCCCGAAAGGCGUGCAAGCUUCGCUUCCCCCUACUUAUAUGGCAUGGUCACCAGGCAUGACCUGCGAAGUGUCUUACUUCGUCAAGGUCGACGUCGUCCGCAAGGGCCUACGACGGCAUGAGGAGCGCAAGAUCCCAGUUCACUACUUGCCCAAAUCGUGGCCGACACAUGCCCCGCCGCGCGAACUUGCCGCUGCCGGUAUGGGCGCGCUCAAAACAAUCAAGCUCCGACAUAUGUGGCCCGAGGGCAUAUGCGCUACUCUCGCAGCCAAGUCUGACGUUCCGCUUGUUCUCGUCUCCAUCCCAGCCGGUUCCUCUGUCUCUGCAGGUCACACUUUGCUCGUGCGCGUCACCAUCCACGCGCCAGGCGCGCCUGCUCUGCCCAAGAUUCUCUCCGACGGCAUUUCCGUACGUCUCACUCGGCGGACCAAACUACAUCUCAACGGCCAGAUUGGCAUGAUGCGAGAGAUCGUACUAGGGACGGCGACGGCGCUGGAUGUGGACCUCGAGCGGGAAGGGAUGGCGUCCGUGCAGCUUGCGGUUCCAGUUGGCGAGAACGGGCGCGAGCAAAGCUGGGGCGUGCCCGGGAUGCUCGAAGUACUCUAUCACCUUCGGGUCAGCGUGCAAGCGCCGAAGGAGGCCGGUGCUGGUGCGUUCUUGCCCGUGUACGCCCACGAUGAACGUGUACACGUUGCAACGGAACCGUAUGGAACGCGUCAGCGCGAGCUGCUCAGCCUGGGCGGCGCAAGUGCGCCAGCGCUUGGGAUGGUAGACCGGCGGCUAGAUCGUGGCAACUCCGUCGCUUGGUAG